GCCGUGAGCAGAUGUCCCGGGGGGUGACUCUGACCGACAGCCUCAUCGCCAUGAGGAAUCUGCCUCCCCUGCGCCCAGAGAGCCGAUCCACAGAGCUGCUGUCCCCCUGCGCCAUCCGCUUGGAUCGGGAGAACAUCUGUGCUAUCGGGAGGCUCCAGAGCCCACUGGAGAUCCACAGCCUCUACCUGCAGCAGAACCAAAUUGAGAAGAUCGAAAAUCUGGGCUCCUUCCCCAACCUGCAGUUCCUCUCCCUGGCUGGAAACCGCAUCUGCAGAGUGGAGAACCUGCAGCACCUGCAACACCUGCGUGCCUUGGACUUGUCCCAUAACCUGAUACAGACGCUGGACCCAGCCAGCGUGGUGGGAGAACGUCUGCUCUUCCUCAAUGCUUGCAGGGAUCUGGUGAUGGAAGCCCUGCCCCAUCUCCUGCAGCUGGAUGGCCAGCAAGUCUGCAGCAGCGUGGGCGAGGAAAAGGAGGAUGAAGACUCCUCCAGCAGUGAGGAUGAGGAUGAGGAGUCACUCUAUUUCUUUGUGGAUCUGCACCAGGAACUGGUCGGGCGCUCGCAGCAGAGGCAGAGGGAGGCUCUGGAGGAACAUCGUACCCGUCUUGCAGAGGUGGAGAUGCUGCGGGAGCAUCGGGGUCUGCUGCUGCCUCCCGUGCUGCUGAGCCCAGGCAGGGAGGGAGAAACCAGCAUCGUGGCCCUGGGACCCAGGCGGUCUCAGCCCAAUCCCCAAGUGAAGCAGAGGACGCAGCUGCCACCCCUGCCAGGACCCAGCAGGCAGCACCCCUGCCUGCAGCCCCAGCAAGCUCCUGCUGGGAGCCGGCCCUGGACCAGGGCUCUAGGGGAGGAGAUUGGUGCCAAAGGAGCAAGAAAUGGGAAGUUACCCCAAAUCACCCGCACCAGCACGGCAUCACACAGUUGGGAUUAA